GCGGCUCCGGAGGGGCGGGGCCGCUCCUCCCUCGGGUCCGCUGCGAGCCCGCACCUCCCAAUUCCCGGAGCCGACGAGGGCUAGCGGCGGCUGCUCCGCUGGGCUCCAGGUUGGGCUGCCGGGCACUGGGCCAGGGCGGGAGGGAGCGGGGCGACGACUUGCGCGGAGGGCGGCGGCCUGGGCCCGCCGAGCCAUGGCGGCCCCGGAGCCGGCGCCAAGGCGAGGCCGGGAGCGCGAGCGGGAGCGGGAGGACGAGAGCGAGGACGAGAGCGACAUCCUGGAGGAGAGCCCGUGUGGCCGCUGGCAGAAGCGGCGGGAGCAGGUGAACCAAGGAAACAUGCCGGGGAUUCAGAGCACCUUUCUGGCCAUGGACACCGAAGAGGGGGUAGAAGUGGUGUGGAACGAACUCCACUUCGGGGAUAGGAAGGCCUUUUCGGCCCAUGAGGAGAAGAUCCAGACCAUGUUUGAGCAGCUGGCGCUGGUGGACCACCCCAACAUCGUCAAGCUGCACAAGUAUUGGCUGGACGCCUCUGAGGCCCGCGCGAGGGUCAUCUUCAUCACAGAAUACGUGUCGUCUGGCAGCCUCAAGCAGUUCCUCAAAAAGACCAAGAAGAAUCACAAGGCCAUGAACGCCCGGGCCUGGAAGCGUUGGUGUACGCAGAUCCUGUCGGCACUCAGUUUUUUGCACGCCUGCAGUCCCCCCAUCAUCCACGGGAAUCUGACCAGCGACACCAUCUUCAUUCAGCACAAUGGCCUCAUCAAGAUCGGCUCUGUGUGGUACCGCAUCUUCUCCAAUGCACUUCCUGAUGAUCUCCGGAGCCCCAUCCGCGCUGAGCGGGAGGAACUUCGAAACCUGCACUUUUUCCCACCAGAGUAUGGUGAGGUCAAUGAUGGGACUGCAGUGGACAUCUUCUCCUUUGGGAUGUGUGCACUGGAGAUGGCUGUACUGGAGAUCCAAGCCAAUGGCGAUACCAGGGUCACCGAGGAGGCUAUUGCUCGAGCCAGGCACUCACUGAGUGACCCCAACAUGCGGGAAUUCAUCCUCUCCUGCCUGGCCCGGGACCCUGCCCGCCGGCCCUCUGCCCACAACCUCCUUUUCCACCGAGUGCUCUUCGAGGUGCAUUCGCUGAAGCUGCUGGCAGCCCACUGCUUCAUCCAGCAUCAGUACCUCAUGCCGGAAAAUGUGGUAGAGGAAAAGACCAAGGCAAUGGACCUGCACGCCGUCCUGGCUGAGAUGCCCCAGCCCCAUGGACCCCCAAUGCAGUGGCGGUACUCAGAGGUCUCCUUCUUGGAGCUGGACAAAUUCCUAGAGGAUGUCAGGAAUGGGAUCUACCCACUGAUGAAUUUUGCGGCUGCCCGGCCCCUGGGACUUCCCCGUGUGUUAGCUCCACCCCCGGAGGAGGCCCAGAAGGUCAAAACCCCAACCCCAGAACCCUUUGACUCAGAGACCAGGAAGGUGGUCCAGAUGCAGUGCAACUUGGAGAGAAGCGAGGACAAGGCUCGGUGGCACCUCACUCUGCUUUUGGUGCUGGAGGACCGCCUGCAUCGGCAGCUGACCUAUGACCUGCUCCCAACCGACAGUGCCCAGGACCUUGCUGCUGAACUAGUGCAUUACGGCUUCCUGCACGAGGACGACCGGACAAAGCUAGCAGCCUUCCUGGAGACCACCUUUCUCAAGUACCGUGGGACACAGGCUUGACCUUCCCAGUCCUGGCAGCCCAGCAGGGAUACCAGGGCUCAGGGUUGUCCACUUGGCAAAGAGCGCCAUACUGCUCAGAGCUGCCUUCUGCCUGUGUUUCCUGGAGCCAAUGAACACAGGCCCUGCUAGUGAAGACACCUCCCCCCCCCCCUCAGCUUUCUGCAGCAGUGUGGGUCCUGGGGUGGUGAUGGAGUCCCAAGCCUGAAUGGGAGUGGAGGAUACAGGUCAUUUAGGGGAACUUCUCCAUCUCUAUUGGACAACAGCCAUACAUUCAGGUGACAUAGAAACCUAGGGAAGGAGCCUGAACUCAAAAGUAAUAGAGCCCCUUCAGGUGUCAAAUGCAAUACUGGGCAUCAGGCAGACCAGAGACUUGGCUGGAGACUCAGAGGCUAGAGAGCUUGGAGUUGGAUCCCAGGUCCCACCCAGAGUAAUCCCAAUCCCAUGCAUACCUGUCCUGAGCCCCCUCUCACUGAUCUUCCACACACUUGAGACCAGGACCUGUGUCUUCCACAGAGUCCUCCAGCAGGAUCAGCAGGAUCUUUCUGUUCUUCAUUCUUGAACUGCCUGUCUUCCAACUUCAAAUUUAAAGUCUUUAAUGCUUUUUAAAUGUAUGUAUAAAUUCAAUGCGCUCAAGUUCCUUCUUAAACAGUUCUUCAUAUAUGAAACCAGGAAAGACACUACUGUGUUAUUAAUAGUUCCACAUUGCUGCUGUCACGUUUGUCACAAAUCCAGUGGCUUGAGACAACACUAAUACAGUUCUGUACAUCAGAAGUUUGAUACAGGCUCCCACUAGAUUAAAGCCCAGUCAUCUGUGAUUGAAGUCCUUUCUGGAAGAGGGAUGUAGAGUGGGGAUGGGGCUCACCUCCUGCUCCUUCAAGCUACAGGUAGAAUUCACUUCCUUGCCAUGGUAAGGCAGAAAUUCCUACUUUUUUACAGCUACCAACUAAGAACCCUUCUCAGCUUCUAGAAGCCACCAACUUUUCUUAAUUCUCCUUCCACCUUCAAGACCAGCAGCGUCAGGUUGAAUGUGUGUCAUGGACUAGCUGUCUGGUUUUCCACUGCCUGGAAGGUUGGGGCCUUUUGUGAGUAGGUUGGACCCACCUAGAUAAUCUAGGAUGAUACCCCCUCAGGGCCUGUAGCUGAAUCACACCUACAGAGCACCUUUUCCUACGGAGACUAAUCAUCCUGGGGUUUGGUGCUUAAGAGAAUGGACGUGGGCACACGCAGGGUAGGGGUGUUGCUGUGUUGCCUACCAUACCAUCUUAACCAAAACCAAAACCUAAAAUAAAGCAAAUUUGUCAUGGGACAGCUAAUAAACUGAAUGAACACUGA